UCGCUUCACAUAUAAAAAACGACUUUCAAACUGCCUGCUCUCUUCUUUGUUACGAAUAAUCAAACAUGGCGACGAUUAACCUCUUCCAUACUACCCUCUGUAGCCUGCUCUUCUAAAACCCUAAAAUUCAGCUUUUAGUCGAGUAUUGUUAACUAUGGCUACUAGAUUAUUUAGUGGAAGUGGAAGUUCACUUUGUGGGGGAUUGAGUGGUAGCAGCAGAAGCGGCGAACAUAAGGGAGGAGUAGUAAAAGGAAGUAGAAGGUUUUUGCUUCGGUGCCUGACUGAUAUUGUUCCCAAACGAUUGGCUUGUAAAGAUGGCAUUGUAUCUAAUUCUUUCAUGUAUGCAAAGUGCAUACAUUCUUCAUCCCCACUUGUGACUCGUCGCAGAAAGCCUCAUUUCGAAGUAGUUUAUAAUCAGUCUAGUUCUGGAUAUGGUGUCGAAUCUACUGAUUUGCAGGAGAGAUCAGUGCCUUCUGAAGAUGAAUCUGAUAUGGACAGUUUAAUAGAUGGUGAAUCAUCAAGAGUAAAAAUCGAUGAACCACACUCUUCAGAUCCUAAACAUGAGCUUUUAAUGCUUUCUUUGCCUGCACUUGCUGGACAGGCUAUUGAUCCUUUGGUGCAGCUUAUGGAGACAGCUUAUAUCGGUAGAUUAGGUCCUGUGGAGCUUGGUUCAGCUGGCGUUUCAAUUACAAUAUUUAACAAUAUAUCAAAGUUGUUUAAUAUGCCUCUUCUUAGUGUUGCGACUUCUUUUGUUGCAGAAGACAUUGCCAAGAAUGCAAAACAUUCACCUUUAGAAAAGGGUAUUCAAAGAAACAACACAAAUGGUAAACCUGCUGUUGUGGUGACUGAAAGAAAGCAAUUAUCAUCUGUGUCUACAGCCUUAGUGUUAGCUAUUGGCAUUGGGAUCUUUGAAGCAGUAGCCCUGUCUUUGGGAUGUGGACCUUUUCUCAAUUUGAUGGGCAUACCAUUGCAUUCACCGAUGCGCAUACUUGCAGAACAAUUUCUUUUACUAAGAGCUCUUGGUGCUCCUGCAUUUGUAGUGUCUUUGGCUCUUCAAGGCGUUUUCAGAGGCUUCAAGGAUACAAAAACUCCUGUGUAUUGUCUAGGUCUGGGUAAUUUAUCAGCCAUCUUUUUAUUUCCAAUACUGAUGUAUACAUUUAAAUUGGGUGUAAAUGGUGCUGCUAUUUCCACUGUCAUAUCUCAAUAUUUAGUUGCCUUCUUAAUGAUUUGGCAUUUAAAUAAGAGGGCUAUAUUGCUGCCCCCAAAGCUGGGAGACCUGCAAUUCGGCGUCUAUAUGAAAUCGGGUGGUUUUCUCAUUGGGAGAACUCUUGCUGUUUUAGUAACAACAACAUUAGCUACUUCAAUGGCUGCGCGCCAAGGUCCUGUAGCGAUGGCUGCACAUCAGAUAUGCAUGCAAGUAUGGUUGGCUGUAUCUCUUCUUACAGAUGCACUGGCUGCAUCUGGGCAGGCUCUAAUAGCGAGUUUUUCGUCAAAAGGCGACUAUAAAAAUGUCAAAGACAUUACGAACUUUGUGUUGAAGAUUGGUCUGCUGACUGGUGUUACCUUGGCUGCAAUUCUUGGUGUAUCUUUUGGUUCCAUGGCCACAUUGUUUACCAAGGAUGCUGAAGUAUUAGGAAUUGUCAGAACUGGAAUACUGUUCGUCAGUGCAAGCCAGCCUUUGAAUGCUCUGGCUUUUAUUUUUGAUGGUCUUCACUAUGGUAUCUCUGACUUUGCAUAUGCAGCCCGCUCUAUGAUGUUGGUUGGAGCAAUAUCUUCAGGCUUUUUGCUUUAUGCUCCAUCAAAAUUUGGCCUUUAUGGGGUUUGGUCAGGUUUGGCUCUCUUUAUGGGUUUGCGUACAGUGGCAGGGUAUAUCAGAAUACUAUCAAAAUCUGGUCCAUGGUGGUUCCUACAUAAAGACUUGCAUAGUAUUCAGCUAGCCAGUUGAGAUGUGAAGAAAACAGAACCUACUGCUGGAAGGUAUAGUUUCGUUAGUAUUUUUGUCGCUGGCUGGUUAAACACUCGCACUGGCAGAUAAGUAUUGGUGGCUAAGUUAAUAAUACGAAUCAAUUCCACAUUAAUUUUAGAAAGAAUUUUAUCAUUAGAAUUAUGUCUUAUAGGAUAUUUAUUGAGUCGAAUAUAUCGAUUCAGCAGUAAUAUAUUGAGUUUUUCAUUGUC